AUGGCCCCCGACACCACAAAACUUCCAGGACUAUUUGAAACAAUCAAGAAGGAAUUUCCCAGCUCCAUAAGUGAGCAUGGCUGGUACAUACUAAGCGCCUCUGCCCUGAUUACGGCCUCAAAUCCAACAAAUAUCACACAUCUCUACGACUUCCUAAUUUCCCAACCAGAAUGGUCAACAUCCGAUCAAAGAAGAGUUCUAAGUCGUCGUCUCCGAGAGCAAAUGCUCAAGCAAUGGAUUAUAAUCGGCAUUCCAAAAGUCAUUACUGCCGUUUUGACUCUCGCUCAAAUUGAGAUAUCAGAAGAUGCAGACCCAUCCUUCACCAGAGAAGGAGUCACCGUAUCACCCGAGAUAAACGCCCGAGGCCGAGAACUCUGUUACAAGCUCUAUGGAGAAGAUGGAUACAAUAACAUCAUGGCAAGCUGCGGUAGUUUCAGUGCAGACUUUACUUGGGCAUCUGAUAGUAUCAUCUAUGGGAUGUUCUUAUCUGAUGAGAGUGUCAUCAAUCAUCAGGAGACCUCGCUGAUGACGAUCCCGUUUAUGGCUUGUAUGGGACUCCAGGGUACUUCGAAACGACACUUGAUUGGUUUAAGGAACCAUGGUAUUAGUGAUGAUGAUCUGACUAAAGUCAUCCUGUCGGGUAAGAGGAUUGCUGAUUGGGCUGGACAGGAUACUAGUGAUUGGGUUACGAUCGCGGAUCUGUAA